CCGACCGGAUAGUGGAUUGGAUAGUCUUGGGUCUCGAUGUUAGUUUUAAAGGAGAGAUCCAAGUGAACGCAAGUCUGGGUUAGUUGUUUUUUUUAAGAAAAAUCUUCGUAACAGCAUCGAUCGACUGUGACAGUAAAAAUUUAUUUAGUGAAACAGUUUUAUAAAUUUUUUUUUUUAAUAAAUAAAAUAAGUACCGGGUUUUAUAAGGACAUGAUAAGAGAUAAGAAUUAUUUUUUCAAGUGGCACAGGCGAAUAAGGGAUUGCAAAAUUGUUCAAAAAAUUUUGUUGUAAUGAGACAUUUUUAGAAAUAUUUUUUUCAAAUAAAUUUGGACAGAGUAAUUUUUUAAAAAUUUUGAAAUUUUUUAUUUAUUGAUAAUCAAAAUGUUAAGGGUAUUGUAUGUUUUGUUAUUGUCGACGAUAUAUGUCAGCUCGUUUAGUUUUGUAAAUAUUAUAAGUUAUGCUAAAUAUUUGUACCCGCGAAAUUUGACUUAUUUGAAUAAUGGCGCGGGCGGCAACGAAUUGUGGAGAGGAAUUUUGAGAGAUUGUAACAAAAAAUUAACUUUUUCGUGCUUACAAAAAAAUGCAUACAGCUAUUUGGACAAUACGCUUGGUGACUAUGACAACAUAACGGUUUUUGACGGGUUUUUGUUGACCAAAAAUAAUUUGAAUUAUGACACGUGUUCGAAGAACUGUGAGGAUGAGAUGGAAGAGGAAGAAAAUUUUGUCGAUCAGGGUCGGAGUAAAAAAGAUGAUGGUGAUUAUGAUGAUGAACAGGGUUACAAAGAACCCAAAACACCAUUGGAAGAAAUAACAUCGGCGCUAAGAGACCGGACGGUUAAAUUUUUGGCCACGCGCGAUUAUGAAAUCCAGCUUCCGGAAUUUAUUUUUGACAAAGCGAAAAUAAAAAUAAGCCCGAAGGAAAUAGAUCGAGAUGGGGCACUAGUACGAGUUGAUUUUGGGUCACGUGGACUCGAGCAUGGGAGAAUUUUCAAAAAAAUUCGUAAAUUUAUCCAGAACCGGUUGCUCCUGAGUUUCCUGGCUCUGAUAUUGAUCAUUAAAUUGAUUAAGGUCAAGUUUAUGUUCAUAAUACCAUUUUUGUUUGGAAUUGGAACGGCUAAAAAAAUAUUUUUGAAACUUUUGCUCUUCUUCAUACCAGCAUUCGCUCAUGUAUUUAAAUUGUGCUCGAGUUAUUACAACUCCCAUACAAAGUAUCAUCAUCACCACCACCAUCAGAUCGCUCAUCAUCAUCAUCACGUUCCAGUUCCCGUUCCAGUACCGGCUCCAGUGCCAGCACCCACGUACUACGAUCCACAUCAUCAUUCACCUCACCCGCCUUAUCACGACGAGGAAUUCGAAGGUUACGAUUACGCACAUCCGCACAUUCAGCUCCGUAAAGACAUGGAGGAGUUGAAAGAAUGGGGAAUCGAUUCCUUUACUGAUCUCCACGACGAUAAUUUGAGUAACAAAUUAUCGCCGGUCCAGCAUAAUUACAGUCCCCCGUAUCUGGGCCCUAAGCCCGUAAAUGGGCCAGUGCAACUGGGACAGCCAGUAAAUGUGCCGUCUCAUGGUCAAAAUUUGGCUUACAGUGGAUACCUGGAGGAUCAAAAGUUGAAUCGGCGGGUAUCGGGUGGAUCUGUGGGCGUUGGACCUGGAAUAGUGCCCAGUGUUCCAGUUCCUUCGGUACAAGUUGGACUUAAUACUCCGUCAAUUAAACACACUCCCGUUGCACCAGCGCGUAAUGAUUUAAAGGCAACUCAUACUCUUAUUAACAGCAACAACAACAACAUGCAACAAGUGCAUCCCGUUUUUGUGCAACACUCGCAUCAGCCGGUUACAAAUCCUCAGCAACAAACACAAAUAAACAAUAAAAGACUCACGCAGCAACACGUACAGACCCAAGUGACGAAUAAAAAAAAUACCGGUGAGCUCGGUCAAGUUACUAAUCAAGUUGACCGUGUCGCGAUCCACGACGAUACUUUUUAUGGACCAAUACUACAUAGGCUUGAUGAUAUAUUUUUACAACUUAAAUUCAGUGAAGAGCCUUGUAAGGAGAGACUCAUUUGUAGCAUGUACAAAAAUCCUGGAAUUUAUUCACCGCACAGUAAUAUUGUGUCUAAUGAAUUGUCGAGAGACCCACAAGAAUUGAAGCGUAAAGUUACUGGUAGCGCCUCCAGUCAACGAUUCUAUCGGUAUGUCACAGCUGCACGUUUGGGACAAGAAGGAGGAGAUUGUCUGAGAAAUUAUCCAUGUCAUAUAAAUACCGAGUGAAUAAUUUACAGUCAUAAAAAAAAACGUUUAUAAGUAACAAAGCAAAAUCAACAAUUAUUUAUUAAGAAUCUAGUUCGUAAUGGCUAUCAACUUAAAAUUAUUUAUUAUUUAUUAUUUAUAUUCACACCAAUUUGGUGUUUUUCUUCAGUUAUUAAUUAUUGUUACUCAACAGUGGCUCUGUUGACGCUCAUUAUUUUUAAGUAACACUAGGCGAGACCGGGGUAAAAUGGGAUAUGAUUUAUUUUUUGAUGACAGGACUAAAUAUCCACGUCAAAAUUCUCUACACUGAAAAAUUUUGAGUCCGCACUGUGGUAUAAAUUUUUGGUGUCAAAAUUUUCAAUACUGACGGGGUGUUAAAUUUUGGACCGGGUGGUAGAACGUUCACACCAGCAAUGGUGUAAAUGUAUAAGUUAUUUAUUAAAGACUCGAUUACUUCGACACCAGAUAUUUAAUUUUGACUCCGAAAUGACUGACGUCAGUAAAAAUAAUGAUAUGCUAGUGCUGCAAUCUUUAUAUUUUUUGAAAAUUUCAACUACAGAAUAUAUUAUCGGACAAUAAUUGAGGUAAUAACACCGAAUGGUGAGAGAGAAAACACCCACAGUGUCAAAAUUACACCGCUUGAUACUUCACACCGUAAAUUCACACCGCAGACCGCGUAAAGUCGGGUACCAUUUUCAAACCAAAAAUUUUUGAGACAUAGAAUUCAUGAAAAAAGGCCAAACACGUGUAUGAUAUUAAAUUUGCCGUAAAUGUUGAAAUUCGUGGGAAAUUUGAACGCGGAUAUUUAGUCGUAUUACCAAAUUUUUUUUCUGUUAAAAAAUAUUUAGGUACUGAUGUCAAAAAAAUUGGGCCAAGCUGGUCAGCCAAUUAGUAGAGCCAAUUUUUGAUUUCCAAAAAAAUAAUUGAUUUAUAGUGGCCCGUUUUACCUCAACGUAAAUUUGUCUUAGUUCUUAUUAAAUCAAUUCAGAUAACGAACACUUGAAAAAAAAAUUUUGAAAUUUUAAAUUGGCCGAAAUUAUUAGGCUGGCCAACUUGCCCAAUUUUUCUAAACCAUAAUUAAGAAUUUUUUAGCAGAAAAAAAUUUCUUUUUAUUUAAAAAUUAAUAUUUUUCUUAGUCGGUGUCUCAUUUUAUCCCGGUCUUCUAUACUUUUUAUAAUUACUCUGUUAAUAUUUUUUUUUUACUUGACAUUGUAGCCCUUGAGUAACAAUAAUUAUUAAAAUGUCAUUAAUAAUUACAAAAAUUAUUAAAAAUAAAAAAUUGCACACCUCGAGCGCUCAUAUCAUAAAUAUAUAAAAAGUUCAUAUUUAUAAAUUUACAACUAUAAUUAUUUUGCUCGACUCAUGGUAUGCGUAUGAAAAAUAAAAUUGAAGAGUGAAAUAAAGAAAAUUUUUUGUAAGACAGAGCAAAAAAAAAUGAGCACGUCGCGCUUGAGGUGUGCAAUUAAAAAAAAUUUAAUUACUGUUAUCUCACAGAAACUGAAGCAAAAAUAAGUCUAUUUAUUUAUAAUAAGGGAUUGAUUAUUUAUUUAUUUAAAAUUUAUUAUUUUUAAUACCCGGGUGCCAUACCCAGUAAUAUAAUAAAAUAUAUGUGUACUUUAGUUAUUAAAAUAAAUGUGAUUAAUAAUAAAUAUGUUAUUCAUUUCAUUAUUUAUGAUAAUAUAUUAUUCGAACCAUGACGAUACAAAAUCACCAGUACGUGCUAAUGAGGAUUUAAUUGAUGAGCUUUUAAUAAUUACUAUUUUAUGGUCAUGGGAAACAAUGAAAACCGUUUAUUAUUUACUAGCCGAGAAUAAGUACCGCUACUGGGGCAUUAGAAUCACACAUUUUGUUUUGUAUAUUUAUUAUAAAAGUGGGUAUAUGUUUAAGGCGCAAGUGUCGUCAUAUGCUGAUACUGUAAUAAAAAAAAAAAAAAAAGAAAAAAUAGUAAUUUAUGGAGUAGCUGUAAAAUAAUAAUGACGUCAGUCAAACAUCAUAUAUUUAUGUAUUCUAGGGAAAUGUUAUACUACUGAUAAUUAUGCAGAGAUAAUUAUUGUUGACAUUUAUUUUCAAAUGGGAAUGACGUAUUGUUCUUUUUAUUUUUUUUUUUACAGUAAAAAUUUUUCAAAAAACGUUUCUUCUAUUCGCGACAUCAAAUUUAUACUGAAUUGACCCUAAGUGUAAGGAAGGGGGAGGCAGGAGAGAUUAUACGCUUAAGAAAAAAAUUUUGGAGUCCCCAAAUAAAUAUUUGAUAUUUAAAUUAAUCUCUAAAAAUCGUAAUGAGUAGG